AGACGAGCAGAGCGGCCGGAAGUGCAGGUGACAGAAGGAUCGGAGGGUUCGGAGAAGAGAUAUUUGUUAUCCGAUCGCUGAUCCGGGCAGACAUGACGGCGCACUCCCUCACCGUGCCCAUGAUCGUCUUCACCACCUUCUGGGGCAUCAUUGGCAUCGCGGCCCCAUGGUUCGUCCCGAAAGGCCCUAACAGAGGGGUCAUUAUUACCAUGUUGGUCACUACCGCCAUCUGCUGCUAUCUGUUCUGGCUGGUGACCAUCUUAUCUCAGGUCAAUCCUCUGUUCGGACCACAGCUGAAGAAUGACACAAUAUGGUACGUGCGAUUCCUAUGGGAGUGAAGAGGCUGGAAUCCCAGGCUAAGAAGGUUUCCCGUCAAUGUGUCGUCCACUUCUUCUUCCUGCACCCCGAUAUUAUUUGGACUACUUGAGAACAUUCCGUCCUGACAUGACGUUGUGUGUGAACCGGGUUCAACAACAGACAGAUUUUUUUUUUUGUGAUUAUAUUAUGUGUAGUAUACAGAUUAUCGGUCAACUGGGCCUUAUCUGUCAAAAUAGAAGAUCUGUCUUGUUGCCCAUAGCAACCAAUUACAGGGCAACUUUCAUUUUUUGCUGCGCUCUUAUUGGUUGCUAUGGGCAACAAAGCCAACCUUUUAGAUAAAUCUGCUGUACUAGGUCAUCUGUUUAAAAGAAACUGUUUCCCAUAGCAACCAAUUACAGAUCAGGAUGUGAAAUAAAAUCUGCGAUUGGUUGCUAUGGGCAACAGUACAUUUCUUUUAAACAGAAGUUAUAGAUUUCCCUAUUGUCUAUCUGGUCCAGCGUUUUCCAACCAGUGGGCCUCCAGCUUUUGCAAAACUACAACUACCAGCAUGUCCGGACAGCCUUCGGCUGUCCGGACAUGCUGGUAGUUGUAGUUUUGCAACAGCUGGAGGCACACUGGUUGGAAAACACUGAUCUAUGGCCAAAAUUUAGUAUUGUGUAUGACCAAUGUGGAUGAGGCUCGGGCCCUGUGAAUGAUUCCGCCGCCAUGCAAAGUUUAUUUAUUAUGUGUAUUUCUGGACUGUGCAAUAAAAGAUAACAAGACAAAA